AUGCUAAUCCACAAUCAGGCGAGUGGCGUGGAGGAGCAAAAGAAGUUGAAGCUUUGUUCUUACUUCCGGAGUUCUUGCUCUCAAUUUGAAAGGUUCUCCCUUUAUCUAUCAGGCCUGGAGUAUGAAUGCAAAGCAGUUAAUUUGAUAAAAGGGGAGCAGUUCAGUCCUGUGUUUACAAAGCUCAAUCCAAUUGGUUAUGUGCUGGUGUUGGUGGAUGAGGACAUUGUAGUUUCUGACUCUUUUGCAAUCUUGAUGUAUCUGGAAGAGAAAUAUCCUCAACAUCCAUUGUUGCCUCGUGAUCUUCAGAGCAAUCAACUACCAGCCCGUUACAAGUGGGGUAUGGAUACCUCCAGAGACAUAUUGAGAUGA